GCCAGCCGCUGAUUGGGCCCCACGCGCGGAAGGGCUUCCCGGCGCCGGGCAGGGAACCCCCUCCCCGCGCCCUCCCUGCGCGCCCAUGGGCCGGGCGGGCGCGAGCCCCCUGAUUGGCCCUGGCGAGAUGAGAUCAUGGCUAGCAGGUUCGGGAGGCCCAGACCGCGGCGGCGGCGGCGAGGGGGCGCUCCAGGCAACGGCGCAUUGAAUGGGGAAGGGAAGGCAGCAGACCUGUGCUGGGCUGCGCCGGGGCUGCCCGUGGCUUUGCAGUGUGCGCCGCUCGCCAUGAGCAGCGCCCCAUCGCGCGGUUGCUCUUCCUGCCCCCGGCUGCUCUUGCUCCCGGUCUUCUGAACCUGCGGCCGAUGCGGAGCGCGCGGCACCCCGCUGUCUGCUCCUGCCUCCCCGCCGGCUCCCGGGGUCCUGCCCGCCCCUCGUAAAGAGCCGGAGCCCCACCUGUGGCGGAGGUGGCUCAGGGCGCACCCCGCGGGGACGCGGCUGCGCGGGGCUUGCCAAGGAAGCGACGAACGUUUGGCUUUUUUUUUUUUUUUUUUUUUUUAAGGAUCCAGAGGCGCUGGGCGCUGGUGCGGAGGUUCGAGGCGCAGAGGAGUAGGGGAGGGAGGGAAAUCUCCGGACUAGUCCGUCCUUGGGAGAGGCUUCCUCCCCCAAGCUUGGGGAGAUUAUGGGACUUCCAGCCCUGGAGUUCAGCGACUGCUGCCUGGACAGCCCGCAAUUCCGAGACACGCUGAAGUCUCAUGAAGCCGAGCUGGAUAAGACCAACAAGUUCAUUAAAGAGCUCAUCAAGGAUGGGAAAACGCUCAUCUCCGCGCUCAAGAAUUUAUCUUCUGCCAAGCGGAAAUUUGCUGAUUCCCUAAAUGAAUUUAAGUUCCAAUGCAUAGGAGAUGCAGAGACAGAUGAUGAAAUGUGUAUCGCAAAGUCUUUGCAAGAGUUUGCCACUGUUCUCAGGAAUCUUGAAGAUGAGCGCAUACGGAUGAUUGAAAAUGCUAGCGAAGUGCUUAUCACUCCUCUGGAAAAGUUCCGUAAGGAGCAGAUUGGGGCUGCCAAGGAUGCCAAGAAGAAGUAUGAUAAGGAAACAGAGAAAUAUUGUGGUAUUUUGGAGAAACACUUGAACUUGUCUUCUAAGAAGAAGGAAGCUCAUCUUCAUGAGGCAGAUAACCAAGUGGACCUUGUUCGGCAGCAUUUUUACGAAGUCUCUCUGGAGUAUGUUUUCAAGGUGCAGGAAGUCCAAGAAAGGAAGAUGUUUGAGUUUGUGGAACCUCUGCUGGCCUUCCUGCAGGGACUUUUCACAUUUUAUCAUCAUGGUUAUGAACUUGCUAAGGAUUUCAGCGACUUCAAGACACAGCUGACCAUCAGUAUACAAAAUACAAGAAAUCGCUUUGAAGGUACCAGAUCAGAAGUGGAAUCACUGAUGAAAAAAAUGAAGGAGAAUCCUCAUGAACACAAGACCAUUAGUCCUUAUACGAUGGAGGGUUAUCUUUACAUCCAGGAGAAACGUCACUUUGGUACUUCUUGGGUGAAGCACUACUGUACAUACCAGCGGGAAUCGAAAAGAAUCACCAUGGUGCCCUUUGACCAGAAAUCGGGAGGAAAGGGGGGAGAAGAUGAAUCAGUCAUUCUCAAAUCAUGCACACGAAGGAAAACAGACUCUAUUGAGAAGAGGUUUUGCUUUGAUGUGGAAGCUGUAGAUAGACCAGGUGUUAUCACCAUGCAAGCAUUGUCUGAAGAGGACCGGAGACUGUGGAUGGAAGCCAUGGAUGGCCAAGAACCAGUCUACAACUCAAACAAGGACAUUCAGAGUGAAGGAACUGCACAGUUGGAUAGCAUUGGCUUCAGCAUAAUCAGGAAGUGCAUUCAUGCUGUGGAAACCAGAGGGAUCAAUGAGCAAGGGCUCUACAGAAUUGUUGGCGUCAAUUCCAGAGUCCAGAAGUUGCUGAGUGUUUUGAUGGACCCCAAAACAGCUUCUGAAACAGAAGUGGAUAUCUGUGCGGAGUGGGAAAUAAAGACUAUUACUAGUGCACUGAAGACUUACUUAAGAAUGCUCCCUGGGCCACUUAUGAUGUACCAGUUCCAAAGAAGUUUCAUCAAAGCAGCAAAGCUGGAGAAUCAGGAAUCUCGAGUGUCAGAAAUCCAUGCCCUUGUUCAUCGGCUUCCUGAGAAAAAUAGGCAAAUGCUACAGUUACUCAUGAACCAUUUGGCAAAUGUUGCUAAUAACCACAAGCAAAAUUUGAUGACCGUGGCAAACUUAGGUGUGGUUUUUGGACCCACGCUGCUAAGACCGCAAGAAGAAACAGUGGCAGCCAUCAUGGAUAUCAAGUUCCAGAAUAUUGUGAUUGAGAUAUUAAUAGAAAACCAUGAAAAGAUAUUUAAUACAGUGCCUGAUGCACUCCUCACAAACACCCAACCCAGCUUGUCUUGGAAGAAAAGCAAUGACUCUAAGCCACCCUCCUGCAGCGAGAGGCCACUGACACUCUUUCACACAGCACAGGCAACAGAAAAACAAGAACAAAGAAACAGCCUCAUCAACUCCAGUCUGGAAUCUGUUGUCUCUUCAAAUACCAACAGUAUCCUCAACUCCAACAGCCCUCUGCAGCCCAGUGUGAACUCCAGUGACCCCGAGCUGGAGGUGAUGAAGCCCACCAGGCCCAGCUCCCUCCCCCCGAAUCCAAGCCCAACUUCACCCCUCUCACCGUCCUGGCCCAUGUUCUCUGCGCCAUCCAGCCCUAUGCCCACCUCAUCUACGUCCAGUGACUCAUCCCCCAUCAGCACACCAUUGCGAAAAGCUAAAGCGUUGUACGCCUGCAAGGCUGAACAUGACUCAGAGCUCUCGUUCACAGCAGGCACUGUCUUCGAUAAUGUUCACCCAUCUCAGGAGCCUGGCUGGUUAGAGGGAACUCUGGAUGGGAAGACAGGAUUAAUCCCGGAGAACUACGUUGAGUUUCUCUAACUUUGGACACCCGAGCAAUACUGCUGAAUGUUACAUGGUAUCCAUGACAACUGCUGAUCAGGGUGCAAUAGAUCAUUUCUCUCAGGCAUGGAGAAAUGCAGGGCGAUGGACUCUUUUUUCCUCUCUAUCAAAAUGAAUGUUUCUGUGAAUCCUAGCGUCCUUUGUCUCUAUCAUCAUCUCAGCUGAUGUGCAGUAGUACUUCAAGUGGUGGAGUCACAUUAGCCCAGGAGAACAUCUGGGUUCUGAUUUGUUGGUGGAAGAUAUGCAACAUGAUCAUUUUCUCAUGAACACUCCAAGCAGAGAAGACUCAUUCUGGUCCUGGGGAUGGAUCUGAGCACAGAACCCCAGGAUAGAGCAAGAGACAAUAAAUUGUGCCAGAAACCCAGAAGGUGGGGACUGACUGACUGACUUGACUGACUGGAAGAUGAGUCUCUCUGAUGAUGGGGUGGGCUUCUGCUUUUGUUUACAGUAUGCUCUUUCUUCAUUCUGUGAGACCCACUCUGCUCACUCUCUAAUCUUGGAGUGGGAAGGGGUUAAGGUAUUGUUUACGUCAUUUCAAACCACUCACUAUUUCAGUAGCUGUAGUUGUUUGCCCAUCCUCAGCAGAACUCAGUCCAAUCUUCUCACAGGAGAGAGCACACACCCCCUCCAGCAAAAGCCUAUCUCUUCAACCAAGGGCUGUAAUCACCUGGUAACCGUGGUAACCUUGCCUGCUUCAAAACAAACAAAAAAACCUAAGACACACUUUUUUUUCUCUUUUGCUCUUUUCCUUCACCCCUGGCAUUGGUAUCUUUUUUAAUGGAUUUAAAGGACUACUUCACAUAGCACAAGAAACUGCAGUUGUCUCCUCUGGGGCAGACAUGACAGCAGCUGGGAACUGGCCCCUUUCUGGAUGAACAUGAACACUAUCAGUGUUUAUUUGGAGCAAACUCUCAUAACAUUUUUGAGAUUAGAUUGCGGCUAAGCAAAACAUUUGUGCUGGAUUCAACUGGCAUUUCCUCUCUGGAGGAAAAGAUGUUACUCCUGAGAGAUAACUUAUUCCCUUUGUCUUGUCUUGUAUCUUGUCCAUCACCCCUCCUGGGCAUAAUCAGAGCUACACCCUUUCCCCUUACACUAUUGCUCUUCAACUUUACCUGACAGAGUCUGUGUUUGGGGGAAUGGUUCUUGUCCUCCCCAUUUCUUUCUUGGUGGUUUUCAAGGAGAUCUUGUUCUUACCUUGUGGCCAGAGGUGCCACAUCUGUUCACUGCCAUUAGUAUAAAGUAAAAAUUUUUCAGUCCCUAUAAAUAUUAGUGUUCCUCUAACAAAUUGUGAUUCUAAAGGAGACCCCUUCUUUCUCCUCUUCCCCCCAAAAAGGUAAAGAGAAAAGAGGUGGUUUCUUGAGAAUGACAUUCUCUUUGCAAGGAAGGGUGAGUAGUUGGAGGAUCUUUGUGGGUAGCGAUUGUCUUGUGAGAUUUACCUAGGGUAGGAAGGAAGGAGCCAGAGUUGGGACUCUUCUAGUUCAGAUUAGAGUGUGAAGGGUAGAAGACUUUACAACUUCCUUUGAAGAGUAUCUUAUUGGCUGAGACACUCAGAGAAGAAAAAUACUGAGCUGCCCUUUUGGAACAAGCAUGUUUGCACCAGGCAGAAUUGCCCUCUCCUCACCUGACCCUUGAGCUCUAUGACUUCUGUGGAAUUAACUUCAAAGGAAGACAUGAAACUUGAGUUGGUGUAUUACUGUAUCUUACUUUUUUAUUGAAAAAUUUACUUGUAAAUAGAGAAAUUUGAAUAUUCUAUGGUAAAGUUUUAUAUUUGAUAUUUUAAGCUGAUUUGUAGUGAAUGAGCUACUUGAUCUGUGUCAAGCUUGUUUGAUGAAUAGAAGGAUGAUCAGAAAAUGUCAACCUAUAUAGCCCUGCAAAAUUUGAGUUAGCCCCAACUGCUCUUGUUUGGCUGGUGGAAAUUGAUUUUGCUCACUUUCAUUUGAGGAUCCAGAAGUUUUAGUUCUUUCCCAGGCCUUGGUGUUGGAAUAAGAAGAAAGGAGGAGCUUAAGUAAAUACAAACUCCCACUGAGUAAUUGAUCAGCUCCUAGAAUACAGAAGUAGGAGAUGCAAGAGCAUGUUUUAGUGUCCAGUACACAUGGGGAAAGAGCAAGGGAUUUUUAGUUGGUGUCCUCCUGGGAGUGGUACAUGAUCCCUAGCACAUAUGGAGGAGAUAUGACAGCUUCUGGAAUCUUUAUCCCUUAUCUUCCCCCCCUCCCCCACAUCUUCCAAGACUCACUACUUCCAGAGUAUCUACAAAGGAUUAAAAUUUAGGUCUUCUUCCCUAUAUCCUCCCUUACUUCUUUUACUUCUCAUAAACCUUUCUUCUAGCUGUCAAAACAAGAGUGAAUGAGGAAUGGCAGUGAGCAUCCCCUUCCUUUUAUUCUCAUUAGCAUCUCACUGGUAUUUCUAGUUUCAUUGAUGGCAUCACUGUUAUCAGGGCCAAGUAUUUCAUUUUUGUCCCCAGUUAAUGUAAGUUCCCCCUUGUCAUUUUGUCACAACUCAAGGACUAAUAAAUUAGUCAAGAAAUACCAAGAAUGCUGCUGAAGACUAGAACAGAAAAAGAAUUCGCCAAGGGCAGAAAGAAAGGGCUCCAAGGGAUGGUUGGCAUGAACCCUAGGAGAUAGGUUCUGUAUGGAUAAGUCAGAUAUGAAGAAGUAUUCCUCGGGGGAAUGAAAGAGGAAGGGAGGAUCUCCCCAAGAAGGAAUGCCGACUUCUAAAGGGUAAACAAUUUCCAAUGUUGUCUUGUGUGGCUUUUUUUUUUUUUUUCAAUAGAAAGAGCCAAACCAAGGUUUUCAUUGCAUUUGGCUUGUUUAAACAAUAAUGUAUCCAGUCAGAGCUAAGUGUAUGUGGGCUCUGUGCACUGACCAAGAGAAAUGAUGGCCCUGGCUAGAGAAAGUUUCCCCCUUCACCCUCCUGUGGUCCAAAACAUUUUCCCUUGGAAGCUUAUUCUUCAGUUCACAGCAGGGAGUAGUUGCUUUGGAGCCAAAGGGAAAUAGAGCUGCUGUCUUUGGGAUUUUUUAGGCUUACCCCCUUCCCUUGCUAGGCUACUCUAGGCCAGUGACAGAUGGCCCUAUGUAAGGGCUUUUCUAGGCAGACUCUUCUGUUAGCCCCAGACCAGGUUUUAAAACAAAACCAAACCAAAAAAAAAAAAAAAAAAAAAA